GGGAUCGUUAUUAAGGUAAAGCUUUCCCAUUUCGGGUCUAUUGAGGCUAAGCUUCUUGCCGAGUAAGGCGCUUCUACCGCUAUGGCUUGGUGGAUAAUUGGCCUGUUAGCGCUAAUAGAGGUUGUGUGUGUUGUUGGCAACUCUAAAGUUUUGGCAAGGUCGGCCUCCGAGGUCAUCUAUCCCGAAAGGCUUCACGCGCGUCGCGGUAUACGAGACUUGUCUACCGCCACUGAGAAGGGACACGAAGAUGAAGCAAGCUUCUCCCUCAAAGCAUUUCAGAAAGACAUAAUUCUCGAUGCCAAACGGAACAAAGAGCUUAUCCAUCCAUCCUUUUCACUUCGUCACUAUGCAAAAGAUGGCUCCGAACUCUUAUCGGAGGUCUCCCCGGAUCAUUGCCAUUACCAGGGCUCUAUUCGCGGCGUGCCUGACUCGCUAGUGGUACUGCACACCUGUAGUGGACUCAAGGGAAUUAUUGACGAUGGCGAGAACACGUAUAACAUAGAGCCACAUGACGACCUUGAGAAACCAGGAGCGCACAAGAUGUACUCGGUUUCUGACGAUAACCCCUUUGAGCAGGGCAAAUGCGGAAACGAUGAACACUCAACGCCGGAAAAGUCUGUAAAGUCCACAAUUUAUCGUGUGCGUCGUGCUCUGGUGUCCAACAUAGACGAGGUGUAUCGCCCUUAUCUGACCACUGACGAGACGCGGUAUAAUGAGGUGGUGUUUGUUGUCGAUAAUACUGUUUAUCAGCGUUACCAUAACAACACCAAAACUGUCACGGACAGGGUUAUUAUCAUGUGUAACGCAGUGGACGCGAUCUACCAGCGCAUUAAUAUUCGUCUGGUGAUGAAGCACAUUGACAUCUGGACAAAUGGCGACCGUAUGGAGAGACAGACAAGUGGAGGCGCCGAACUCGGCAAGUUCAAGGAGUACCGGACAAAGUACAUCACGCCUACAAUUCCCCACGAUAACGCGCAGUUCCUCAGUCAUAAAGGGUGGACCGGUGGCGUUAUCGGGAUGGCCUGGGUGAGGUCCAUGUGCACUGGGAACUCAGCUGGUGUCAAUAGGUGGAGCAUGAGUGGUAUAGUCGGUCCAGUGGUUGUAGUGGCACAUGAGAUGGGACACAACUUUGGGUUCGGCCACGACUCGGGCACUUGCAAGUGUUUGACACGCCGGGGAUGCAUCAUGGGAGGACACAAGACACGCGUUGCCGGCUUCUCUAACUGCAGUAUGGCAGGAUUGCAGAGAAUUAAUGACAAGUGCCUGUACAACGUCCCCACAAAGGCCAUGAAUGCGCAGUGUGGAAAUGGAAUUCGAGAGGGAAAUGAGGAAUGUGAUUGCGGAACACCGGAGAUGUGCGCGGCGCAAGACCCGUGUUGUGAGCCACAUGGCUGCCGUCUAAAGCGCCACGCGGUCUGCAGCGAUCUACAUCACUCGUGCUGCAACAACUGCCAGUUCAAGUUGCAAGGGACUCUGUGUCGAGCAGUAACGAAUGACUGCGACAUUCCCGAAUACUGUCCAGGGGAUUCCCGCGAUUGUCCAGCAGACAGUUAUAUACAGAAUGGCAUAGCGUGCAACCAAUCAGAAAAGCUAAUUCAAGCGAAUACAAACAGAAACAGCGUAGUCGCUAGACCGCUAAGCCCCAAAGUGCAGGCUCGUUACGUCCGUAUAAGCCCACAGUACUGGACGGACUGGCCCUGCAUGAAGGUGGAGCUGUUGGGUUGCUCUGGCAACGAAGGCGCUAGCGCCGCUGCUCCGUCCCCGAUGAAGGCGUACAACGAUCACUGCGUGGUCCCCCAAGAUGCGAGCUGCAGCCCAGCACAAGGAUCUUCACUUGUGUUCCGACCAGGCUACGAGUGCAAGGGAGAUUACAUGGAGUUUGCUAUGGACACCACAGGGAUCCUGAGGCACACAUGUAGCGGGCGCAAACUGUGUCCAGAAGGAGGAAGCAAGAAAAAUGGCGCGAGAAUAGUAAUCAGUGAUUCCUGUAGUGAUGAAGACGCAAAGUUUGAACGAACCUCAGGUAAAUCGUUGAAGCACGUCAAAAGCCAGAAGUGUGUACACCCAAAAAGAGGUUGGCCCGGUAACGGACGAGAAUUGAUACUUUACAGCGGCUGCGACGAGGAACGAUUGGAACUUUGGUUCAUGAAACAAGAUUGCAUCUUACCACUCGGCAUGCGGAGUGGUGCCAUUAGAGAUAGUCAGAUCACUGCCAGCUCGUUUCACUCAUCUUAUAAGCCGCACUACGGUCGUUUGCACAACAGAAACUAUUGGUGCGCAGCUGCGAGACGUAAAACAGAUUACAUCCAGAUCGACCUCGGAGAGGAGAAAACUGUUUCAAGGAUUCAAACCCAAGGUCGAGGAAACAGGAAUGGUUGGGUGACUGCGUACCAUCUGUCUUACAGUCAGGACGGUCAGCGGUGGACGCCGUACUCUGAGAGAGGCCUUCACUCUAACUCCCUUUGUUACAAUGGCAAAUGCGCCGACACCCUGGAUACACAGUGCAGGGAUCUUUGGGGAGAAGCUGCCACUAAUGCUGCUAAGAGCUGUUACGACAAACUGAAUACAGAGGCUUCAGGUUACGGCACGUGUGACGAGACCAAGAACACAACGUGUAGCGCCAGUAAUGUACAAUGUGGACAGAUCCAAUGUCUCAGCCCCAGAUCCACACCACUAAUUAGCUAUGGAAAAAGCUACAAGCUGUUUACCCUCGCAGACGGAACCAAAUGCAGCGGAGCUGCAUUGAAGACAUCAGACAUGGUCGGCCGUGGAAUGGUGGCGCCUGGAACCAAGUGCGGCGAUGGAAAGAUGUGCGUCAACGCUGAGUGCAAGACUCUAGCUGAGCAUGGGAUCACCAAGUGUCCAAUGGUGAACGGCAAAGAGUGCGCGGGUCGAGGGAUCUGCACCAGCGACCUGGUCUGUCAUUGUGAUUCAGGUUAUGACUCAAGUACAAACUGUCAAACAGCAAUGGUUACUCGCGAUGGAGGCUUCGGAGAGUGGUCGGCAUGGACCGAAUGCUCCCGAGGAUGCGAAGGUGGCAAACGACAGCGUCAUCGGUUCUGCGACAACCCGUACCCCAGUCAUGGUGGCAAGGAUUGUGUUGGAGAGAGAUUCCAGGAAAAAGACUGCCAGACUCAAGCUUGCCCAGAUGCCAAAUCGUGUCGCCAUCUCCAAGAAAUCGCAGCUAAUACAGGCCUCAAUCUCGGGGACGGCGUCUACACCCUCCACCCUCAAGGCCAAUCAGGGCCCGCGGUGAAGGCGUACUGCGACAUGACGCGCGACGGCGGCGGCUGGACACUACUUGUCUCCAGUCACACCAACACCUGGACCGCUGGUAACCUCCGGCUGCGGAACGAGGGCUCACCUAGUCUGACAAGUGAUUAUUCAAUCUUGAAGUAUGCCGACGACAUAAAAAAUGACGCCAACAUUGUUGGAAAUACUUUUGAAUAUCGACUCGAAGCGCAAAAUAGAGGUCGCUGGGGUGGAGUUUGGAGCGCAGACCGGAGUUACUCGUUCACCGCUACCAACAACAAGCAAACCAAUGUACAUCUUGUCAAGAAGUUUGACGACUGGACGUACUCUUAUAAAGGGAUCGAUAAACGUAUGCCAUGGGUCUCCGGUGCCAGGCUGACGACAUCAGAAAGUGCUACUCGCAACUGGUGGGGAACUAUCACGGGGGAUUAUUUUAAAUACCACCCUGCCCCUUGGAUCUCUGGUGACUUGAAGGAGGCCCAGCCGUCGUACAUCUGGUACUGGAUGAGAGAGGGAUCAAGACAAACAAAGUAAUUGGAUCACACCAAGCAUAAAGACUAAUAGCCUAUUAUCACUAGAGGAUUAUUAAGCGAAGUAGGAGAAGGAAUAUGCUAUCGCGCGUAUAAAAUAUCAGCAGGCAGAAGGAACGGAGUAGUGAUUACCCCUUCUUCGCACUCUUUCGAGUGAUUUACAUCGUGUAAGCUUUUAAGACGUCUCCCCUUCCUUCUCUGUCUUCGUUUCUGUCGCUAGUGAAAAAAGCCGGCUCGAAAUGUAGAAUAGUGUAGUCUAAAAUAAAGACAUGCAUUCAAUAAA